AAUAUUGGCGGUAACUUGAUGAAUUUUCGAUAAUUUUGUUUCUGGCUUCUUUUCUUUUCUUUUCUUCCCGAAAAAAAAUUGAUAAAAUCAGUUUAUGCUUUGGUCAGCAUAAAUUAACAAAUGCAACAAAUAAAAUGAUUCGAUGAAAUAUUUUCCAUUUUUUUUCAUUAAUCGAUGAUUUGUAAAAAAAACAAUGAUGACAAUGAAAUUGUUAAUGUUAUUUGUUUUGAUUUUACCAAUUUUAAUGGUAAAACAUUCUUUUGCUAUUGAUCAUUCGAAAAGUAGAGAAAUUGUUGCACGAAUUGAUCUGAUAAAAGUACCGAAUAUUAAUCUUUGGUUACCACGAUUAUCAUUGAUCAAUUGUUAUGCAUGGUGGCUUGAUUAUAAACUUUUUGAUUCAACCAAUAUUGAAAUCCAUAUUCCAAUUGCAUUACAACGAUCAUUAAAUUUUGAAUUUUUAAUUUGGAAUCGUCCAUUCUAUCUAUAUGAAUUAAAAUAUCAUUAUCAGAUUUAUCUUUCAUCAUUACCAUCGAAUCUGAAAAAAUACCUGGAACAAAUGGAUCAUUGUUCGCCAAAUCAUUCAAACAUGGCCAUCAAUUCAAAUAUUGAACAAUUAUUUCGAAUUCAAAUACAAAAAUUACAAUCAUAUGUUGAACGUAAUAAUCAAAAACUUCGUGAACAUAUUGAAAAUGAUUUGGAUGGUAUGAUUACCGAAAUUAUUAAUGAUUUAAUGGUUAAAAUGAAAAAUCUUAAUGAAACACAACAAAAAUUUGUAUCAACAAUCGAGAAUCUUUCCAAACACAACAAUAAUGAGAGGAAAAUGGAAAACUUUCCGGAAAAAAUUAUCCGGAAAAACAAUCAAACAAAUUCAUCAUCAACAUUAUCAUCAUCGAUAAUAAAUUGGUUCGAUUCAUUAAAUUCUUCGUCAUCAUCAUCAACCAUUUCAAUGAUUAUUAUUUCCAUAUUAUUCUCGAUAACAGCAUUGUUGAUACUAAUUGUUUUGAUAACAUUUGUUUUAUUCUAUUUUCGAUUUUUGAAUUCAUCAACAACAAUUUUAUCGAAAAAUAAUUGUGAUAAUGUUUGAAAAAAUGUUUUUUCUUUGGAAUUAAUAUAAU